AUGAUAUCUGGUCUCUCGGUGGCCGUUCUCACAACGAUGGACGGAGAUCUCCUACGACGCUUCUUGCUAGGUAUAUCUGCAGGCGCCUGUACCAUCCUCAAGAAGAUCUUCCGUCUGGAACCUCACAGUCGUAUUUCCUUGGCUGAUCGUCAACGUGAAAUUACCGAACUCAAGACAUUCUUCUCCAAUGAAUCUUCUUCCGAUUCCUCGUCCCACAAUUCUCCUGUUCUCCAACGCUCCAUCUCAUCGCUAGGCUCCACCCCUCCGAGCGAGAUUGGUGCGAUGCGUAUCGAUGACACUGAUGUUCUUCUAGUCACCCGCAGUAUAAUAGAAGCAGGUGUCACGGGUGACGACUCUCUUGCGCUCGAUCUUCGGGCAAUCCAUCUUGUCGGUGUCGACAGGCCUGUCAGCGCUCCAGCCGUCGCUAUCCAUCCCGUGAUGUCCUCCAGAUCGAUUGCUUCGUCGGUGGAUAGUGAUGGACCUAUAGCGCCAGAGACUCACCCAGUUCACGUCGAUGUCAGUGAGGUGCCGGACAUGGAGGAAGGCGAAGGUAUUGGCGAGAUGAACAUAGCAUUGGUGGUAAAGGAUGACGAGAAUGAUAUUCAACCGGCUGAUUUGGCUGACGACGCUGAAACUAGUUGCGUCUUGGAAUAA